CCACCCCCGUCCCCUCCACCACCCCAGCAACCCCAAUCCUCCCCGCGCCCUCCUCCCCGUGAAUCCUUCGCGGCUGCGAGAGCGGCAGAGACGGCAUCGCGGCUCUGUGCAGCGAUGCUGCUGUUGCUGCCACUGCUGAUGCUGGGCUAAGCGCGACGAGUGGAGCGAGCGAGGGAGCGGAGGAGCGAGCGCUCCGUGCACUCGCAGCGGUUGAGGGAGGAGGCUCGGACGGAAUUUUAGCGGCACGGCUAUCGGGCACCCGGGGCGCGUUCAUUCGUUCAUUCUCCCCACUCGCUCUUUUUCUCUCCCACAUCGCUCCACCUCUGUCGUGUGUUCUUCUGUGUCUCUCGCGCUCAGUCUCUCUCGUUCUCUCGCUGUUUCUGUUUUCGCGAUAUUCGAGUGCCCGGCUUUUGCUGCUGCAGCUGCAGAUCUUCACGAUGCGUAGCGCGAGAGGUGUCCUGCCCAGAUCAUAAAGACUAGCGCACGCUGGAUGCGCCCACCCAGAAUGCCGACGUUACGUAUCAUGACCCUGUUCAUCCUCGUCAAUUACCACUCGCUUGCCGGAUGGGGCCAGCGCAGGGACGAGCGCCAGUGCUGGAGCUCUGUCCAGAAGGCGUUUUACGGCUCCUUCACCAGCAGGGAUCCCUCGCAUUACCACGACGACCGCUCGGGGUGCGGAUGGAUAAUAGCGAACCCGGACCCGGCCAAGUACGGCGUCUUCGUGAAGCUGUCCAAGGACGCGUUGGCGUGCUCCUCCCACCAGCUGCUGGCGUACAUGUUUGACUCGAAGCCCUUCGACAACCGCACGAGCCAAGACGUGGAUAUUCUGCGCGAGGUGUGGGACGUGUGCGACGUGCCCUCGGCCAUCGUCUACUUCCAGACGGACGCGCGCUACCUGCAGCUGCGCUUCUUCUCCGAGGACGGGAGCACCGAGGCCGCCAGCUCGAACGCGCUGCGCGGCGCCGACGGGCCGGGAGUUUCGCUCGAAUUCGUGGUCCUCGCUACGGAGGCGCCCAGCGCGGGCGGCUGCCAGCUCGUGUGCGGCUGGCUGACCGGCUGCCCCUGUCGCCCCACCUUGCUCGACGAUGCGGCUUUGCACUGCGGGAUCGUACAGGCGCCUUGCGACUGCUCUGCCCGGCAUCUGGACGACCCCGGGGGAGGAGGAGGAGAGACAGGUGGAGGAAGAGGUGCGGCAGCUCCCGAGGAGUGCGGAGGAAAUUAUAAACGUGCCUCGAGGCGCAGCUCUGCAAAUGUCGAGUGUGAUCCCGCCAAAGAUGCCACUCCAGGCUGGUGGGCAACCUGGUCGGAGUGGGGUGCCUGCUCGCGCUCGUGCGGAGGCGGGCUGCGGGUGCGGAGGCGGGAGUGCGACGCGCGCUGCCCUCACGCCUGCGAGGGCUCAGCGGAGGAGACGGACGGCUGCGGCGAGCAGGACUGCCCCAACAGAAGGAGCCAGACAAAGUAUGCCCUUCGAAGCCACGGCCUGCGCUCGGUGGAUUUCCGCAACAGGGAGACACGGCCUGCUCCCUAUGUCGGCUCAUCCUACAGCUCGCAUUCAGGGAGUGAGCUCAAUACGGAGGAGUGGUCCAAGUGGAGCGCUUGCUCCGUCACGUGCGGCCACAGCAUCCAGAUCCGGACGCGCUCGUGCGUGACGGCGUCGUAUGGCUCGCUGUGCGCCAGCCCGCUGCGCGAAACCAAACCCUGCAACACCACCGUCAGCUGCCCCAUUAACGGGCUGUGGGACGAGUGGAGCCCCUGGAGCCUGUGCUCGAGCACGUGUGGCCGCGGCUACCGCGAGCGCGUGCGCUCCUGCACUCAGCCCCAGCACGGCGGGCGUCGCUGCGAGGGCCCCGAGCGGCUGACCAAGAACUGCAACAUCGCCCUCUGCCCGGGUAACUUCGUGGAUGGACACUGGUCCAAGUGGACGAGUUGGAGUCCCUGCUCGGUGACCUGUUCCAAUGGCACGCAGCAAAGGACCCGGGAUUGCAUGGAGCCUUCGUUUGGGGGCUCCGACUGCAGAGGCAGUGUGUCUGAAGAGCGCCCUUGCUAUAAUGCUGACUGCCCAAGCUCUAUAGAAGAGUUAAGAAAAUGCAACGGUCGAAAAUGCACAGCUUUACAUGAAUUUUGCGACCAGGAUGUCCACAUUGGGCUGACGUGGAAACAAAUAUCAGCCGGAGAAACUGCCAUCAAUCGCUGCCCACCCAACGCUUCUGGGAUCAUCACGCGGAGAUGCUCGUUGGAUUCCCGGGGGCUUGCAUACUGGGAGCCACCAAGCUAUUCACUUUGCGUGUCGCAUCAUUUCAACAUGCUUUUGCAAACGAUGAAAGAACACCUUUCGAAAGGCCACAGGCCAUCGGCAAGUGAAGGAAUGGCACAAGUGAUGAGAAAUCUCUUUGAUUCAUCUCACCUGAAGCACAUGUACAGCGGAGACUUGCUCGUCUCAGUAGAUAUUUUAAAGAACGUUACAGAGGCAUUCAAGACUGCCAGUUACAAUCCAUCUUCAGAGGAUGUCCAGAACUACGCUCAAAUUUUUAGCAACCUGCUUUCAGAAGAACACAAAGAAAAGUGGGAUGAUGCACAGCAGCUAUAUCCUGCGUCAUUGGACUUAAUGAAAAUUGUGGAGAACUUCAUUCAUAUUGUGGGAGCUGGCAUAAAGUCAGUGCAUACAUCAUACCUCAUCACGGAAAACAUAGUUAUCAGUAUCCGCAAGCUGUUCAUCAUGGAGGAAACGGCCGACAUAACGUUUCCGGUGAAGGCGAGGAGAGGCAUGGUGGAGUGGGCGCGCAACACCGAAGACAAAGUGACCAUCUCGAAAGCGACCCUGUCAUCAUUCACGUCAGGCAUGCAGGAGUCAGCAGUUGUUGGGAAUGUGCUUUAUAAGACACUCGGAAGCAUUCUUCCACCUCCAAGGAAUGCGAGUGCUAUAAACUCACGGGUAAUUUCCGUUACCGUGAGCCCGACAAUGAAAACCAUUACCCCUCCAAUUGAAAUUGUGUUCUCACAUCUACUGAACGUGACGUCCAAUUCGUUUUGCGUAAUUUGGAACAGUACAAAAAACGGCGAGGGGAGCUGGAGCGAGAGGGGCUGCCGAGCUGCGAUCAGCGACGCAGCUCACACGCGCUGCCUGUGCGAGCGCGCCUCCGCCUUCGCCAUUUUAGCGCCGCUCUCCGACGAGCAGAACACGGAUCGCCUCGGCAUGUCUUCGGUCAGCCUCGCAGUGGGAUGCAUCAUCUCAUCCCUGGCCCUUUCCUUCUUAAUUGUUGUUUAUUUAAUAUUCUGGAGGGCUAUCAAGUCCGACAGAUCAGUCAUCCUGAUCAAUUUCUGCUUCUCCAUAAUUGCUUCCAACAUACUUAUUGUUGUGGGACAAACACAGAUGCAAAACAAGGUAGCCUGUGCCAUCAUCGCCGGGCUCCUGCAUUUCUUCUUCUUGGCCUCGUUCUGCUGGGUGCUGACUGAGGCAUGGCAGUCCUACAUGGCCGUCAUCGGCCGUCUUCGGCACAAGAUCGUCCGCAAACGCUUCCUCUGCCUCGGCUGGGGACUUCCAGCGCUGGUGGUGGCAAUAUCGAUUGGCUUCACCAAGGCCAAAGGUUACGGUACAGCCUCUUACUGCUGGUUGUCUUUGGAAGGUGGCCUCCUGUACGCAUUUGUUGGCCCUGCAGCAAUGGUUGUUCUGGUUAACAUGGUCAUUGGGAUUUUGGUCUUUAACAAGCUUGUGUCUAAAGAAGGAAUACCGGACAAGAGGCUGAAGCACAGGGCUGGUCCCAUGACUCUGCCUCAAAAUGGUUUGACACUUAAAUGCUCCAAGUGUGGCGUUGUGUCUGCGUCUGCCUUGUCGACUUCAACUGCCAGCAACGCCAUGGCCUCCCUGUGGAGCUCGUGCGUGGUGCUGCCACUGCUCGCUCUCACCUGGAUGUCGGCCGUGCUGGCCAUCACCGACCGCCGCUCGCCGCUCUUUCAGAUCCUCUUCGCCGUCUUCGACUCGCUGCAGGGCUUUGUCAUCGUCAUUGUGCACUGCGUGCUUCGGAAGGAGGUGCAAGAUGCCCUUAAAUGCAGAUUGGGUGACACACAGGACCAUGUGAAUGGAGAUUCAAGUGGGUCCUUUCCCAAUGGCCAUGUCCAGAUCAUGUCUGAUUUUGAAAAGGAUGUUGAUAUGGCCUGCAGAUCAGUUCUCCACAAAGACAUCAACACCUGCCGGAGGUCCGCCAAAGGGCCCCUCACGAGGGCGACGGUGCGGGAGGAGGAAAUCCUCGACAAGAAGGACUUCCAGGCCAUCCCCGGUGGGCCUGCCAUUCCCAUGGGCUCCGCCAUCCCAGACAUCCAGCUGCAGGGACCCUCUGGCUACCUGUCCCCCAUAGGCAUGGCGCCCAUCCUGGGCACCGAGCAGCCGCCCUGGAGCAUCGAGGGGGAUGGCGGCGGGCGGCCGCUCAGCGGCCUCUACGAGGGCGGAGAUCUGAUGACGCCGCUGCAGCCACAGCAGCAGCAGCCGGUGGCAGCUGUCGAGCUGUCGAGCGCCGAGAAGCGCGCCCUCGAGAGUGACUAUGUGGUCCUGCCACGGAGCUCGGUCACCUUCAAAGACCAGGAGGUGAUGGGCAUGGGCGUCGGCCUCAUGGGCCAGGGCACUUUGAGCCGCAUGGGGCUCGUCAUGGGCAUGGACCAGGGCAUGGCGCUGGGUGUGGGAGGCCCCGACAUGGAGCAGUAUGGAAUGGCUGGGCUGGAGCAGCCACUGCAGAUGCAGCACCAGCAGCAGCAACACCAGUAUCAGAAUGUGCCCUUGGAGUCAAGGCCAAUGGCCAAGCAUUACAGUUUGACCAAAGUGAGCAAGGAGGCAAUGAUGGGAGGCACCCCGCGCAGCGAGACCAGCUCAACCGUGUCCAUCAGCUCCUUAGAGAGACGAAAGUCCAGAUAUUCAGAAUUAGACGUGGAGAAGAUUAUGCGCACUCGCAAGAGACACCAAGAAAUGUUCCAGGAGCUCAAUCAGAAGUUCCAGACUUACGAGAAAGGACGGGAGUCCCCUACUGUAGAUAUUGCAUGCCAAGAGAAGCAGACCCCGAGUAAGACGUCAUGGGAUUGCAUCCGGAGGGCUAGCCCCACCCAGCAAGCCUGGGGCAAGAAGGAGGCCUACGGAGAGGCCCAUCAACGGGUAGAACUCAAAAACAUUGAGUGGGAGAAACCAGGGGCUACCAUUCCACUGGGGGGUCACGAAAGCGACAUACAAACCGAAGUGUGACCGCGCAUUCUUCUGCAACGCCGUGGACACCGGGCCUUGCGACGAGGGGGGUGGG